AUGGCGUCGACGAUCGCCCCUCCGCCCGCCCCUCCGCCCUCGGCGCCGUACUGCUGGGACCUGCCUCUCCCGGAACUGAACCACCUCCACUAUCCAAACACCGUCAACUGGACCGUCCCUGCCGAUUGCAAGCUGCACGACGGCUCGACCACCCCCGCCUGCUACCGCGAUUGCGACUACUUCGCCGGGUUCGACGAAACGGACCUCGCCCUGCAGGACGCGGAGACGCACGCGCGGCGCUUCCGACCGCCCCACCACAGCCCCAAGUGCGAUGAGCCCCUCGCGUGGAUGGACGGCACGAACGCAUCCACGCAGUGCGGCGGCUGCAGCCUCGAGUGCGUCGUGGGCAUCGCGGCCGCCAUCGCGAUCUGCGUCACGCUCUCCUGCCUGCUCGGCAUGUACCUGUACCUCCGCAACCGCUCCAAGCCCCCCGGGGACAUCGAGGCGGACGACCAGUUUGACACCUUCGGCAACGGCAACGGCUUCGAGCCCUCGCUCAAGACGCCGCGACCUUCGGGUGCCGGGGCCCCCGCGUACGUGUUUGAGCCCUCGCUCAAGACGCCGCGACCUUCGGGUGCCGGGGCCCCCGCGUACGUGUUUGAGCCCUCGCUCAAGACGCCGCGACCUUCGGGUGCCGGGGCCCCCGCGUACGUGUUUGAGCCCUCGCUCAAGACGCCGCGACCUUCGGGGGCGCUGCAGCCCGAAGAGCACAGCGCCGCGGGGGCACGGUUCGAGCCGUCGCUGACGACGACGCGCAACGCGAUCCCUCUCUCCGCGAGUCCCCAGUCGCCCCAACCUAACACAUCGAGCCCGUCGGACCGAGUGUCUGAGGUGGACGCGCACAAAGAGCUGGGCAUGCUGGACAAGUGCGCCACAGAGCCACAGAGCAACGUCCCCUAG